GCUCAAGGGCUUUUACUCCGAAGGGAUGCAUGAAGGAAGGUCUGAGGGGAAAAGGGUCUGGGGUACCAUUUUCUGAGGGAUAUUUUUUCCCAUGAGAGAGGAUUGUCUUCUUCUGUGAAAGGGGGACGGACUUACCUUGUCGGGAGCGUGAGGGGCUUUCAGGGCGCCAUGCUGCCGCUCCUGCUGGGCCUGCUGGGCCCGGCCGCCUCUUGGGCGCUGGGCCCGUCAGCGGGCUCGUCAGAGCUACGCUCGGCCUUCUCAGCGGCACGCACCACCCCGCUGGAAGGUACGUCGGAGAUGGCGGUGACCUUCGACAAAGUGUACGUGAACAUCGGGGGCGACUUCGACGCGGCCACUGGCCAGUUCCGCUGCCGCGUGCCCGGCGCCUACUUCUUCUCCUUCACCGCUGGCAAGGCUCCGCAUAAGAGCCUGUCGGUGAUGCUGGUGCGCAAUCGCGACGAGGUGCAGGCGCUGGCCUUCGACGAGCAGCGUCAACUCCCUGUUGACCAACAACAUCAUUCUUAG